AUGUCAACUUGGGUAUACCCUCCAAUAGCCCCAAAUGAGCUCAGAAAGGCCGAAGACACCUCCUUGGUAAGGAAGCUCGAGCUUCAAUGGUUUCUAGAGUCCCUUCAGCCAUCCUUGGGUGCCCUGAAGGAGGGCCUUGAAGAUUGUGCUGCUUUACUGGCCCCGAAGGAGCCUGGUUCUACCCUGGUCCUAUCUUCUCUCAGAUCCGAAAGUGUCAAAGGCUUCGUCACUCGAGUAGGCACAAAACUUGUCAAAGGGGACAUUCACCUUAGGCUUACAACUCUUCCUCCCAAUACCCCAAGGGGAACAACCACUUCGACGCCUUCUACACGGCUGAUUUUUGUUGCAUCGCCUUCUUCAUCGGACAUACUCCUUCCUCAGCUAUUUGCCGUCAAAUCUCUGGUCAAUGAUGCCCUCGACAUUAUUGAUGUCUCUCGAUGGACUGGGCAGUCAACUGAUUCGUCCUUCAUGUCUGGUCAAUUGAAGCUACUACAUGACCACCUUCGUGAAGCGAAAGCGUGUCUGAAAGGAUCUGGACCGAGAAAUGAUGUUGAUCCCGUCCCUGGAGCAGACUGGUGGACAAACAGUCCAGAUGAAAACACCUUCCAACCUCCCCUGGGUGAACAUCUAAGUUUACAUUUCACCAUCCAGGACGCUCACCUUGUCCUCACUGUUCGUACACUCGCCCCUACCUCUCCAGGAGGUACCCCCAGUACCCCCAACGAGUCUGCUUUCUCUCUUUCAGGCUUCAGCCUCAGGAGCAAACUCUUAGGCCUUGGACCAAAACCUCCGAAUCACGAUGAAAUGGGUGAGAUAUUCGAAUGGCGGGGGCGGCAAGACGUCAUCGUCCGUGAGAAAGUCCGAGUAGAGACUGCUGAUCCCAGUUUGCUCAGUAUUGCAGCAAAGUUGAGUGCUCUUGAACAUGAAGUUGCUCGCUGGCGCUUGAAUCUUAGGAUCAUUCUAACAGGAGACGUCGAGGAAGAUUGA